AUGUCAGCACCACAUCAUGGUGCUUCUGGGCCAAAUGAGUCAGCAGCUACACGAAUCACUCCACCAGCCAAAAAAUUAUCAAAAAUUAGCAAAAAAUUAGCAAUCAAGAAGGAACGACUUGUACCAAUGAAUGAUUUACCACUUGAUGCACCACCCGUUGAUUGCCCGCCCGUUUAUGAGUGUUAUGUAACGAUGAAACCAUUAAAAAAGCAUCGUCUCACAAUCACAAAACGUUAUUUUGGUAGAGUUACCCGUGGUCUGAUGCGAUUAAUGCCAGAAAAAAGUGCUAAAGCAACAAACGAAGCUAUCGGUUCUGAAUAUACCAUCGAUUUAACUGGUGUAGCAAUUUCAUGUGAUGACUCUAAACGAAGACUAAUUUUUAAAUUCAAAAAAGAAUCACGUGAUAUAGGUCCAGUAAAUAAGAUUGAAUAUGAUACAUUCAAGGAAAUGAUCCAGAAACAUCGUAAUUAUCGUCAAAGCGCUUAUCGUAGCAAAAAGGAGGAUAUCAAUGAAUUAAUUACUGCAAAUGCUUAUCAGAGUAAUGGUUCCAGUCCAGUAAUUUGGCGGCCUGCUAAUACGGAGCAAGAUACUAUUGAAACGGCCAAAUUACGUGAAGAUUCUCGUGGCAAUACAAUAGCUGAAUUAAAUGAAAAAGUGGCUAAAAUUAUUAAUGAUAUCAAAGUAAUUGCAAUUGAAAUGAAGCUAAUGAGAAAAGAAUUAAAGGAAUUAAUAAAAACUAUUCAAAGUGGAAAAACAUUACCAACAACAGAAAGUAAAGAAAACGAUGAUGAUCAUGAUUCGGAUGAUUCUGAUGAGAAAGCAGAUGCAUCUACUCCAGAUAAUAAUCAAAUAUUAGUUGAUGCAAUACAAAAACAAAAGAGUAAAAUUUAUUUACCCGAAGAAAUCAUUGAAAAAAAGGAAGAAAAACCUGAACGAUUGAUAUUGGAAGGUGGAGAGUUAGAAAAGAUUCAACCUCGAAGACACCGAGAUCAAUUGCCAAAGCCAUCGAUAGCUGGUGAAGAGCUAGGCUUACGACAAUUGAUGGCAAUUGUUGCCCGACGUUUACCCUUACCAAUAUCAUUCUUCGAACCACUUACAAUGCUACAGGUCCUUUGUGAAGAAUUACGAUAUUCCGGACAAACACUAAAUCGAGCAAUAUCAGCUUAUGAUCCAUUAGAUCGUAUUGCUUAUGUAACAGCUUUUGCAGUAAGCAGCUAUUCCGGUAUGGUAUGCCGGAAACAGAAACCGUUUAAUCCGUUACUUGGUGAAACAUUUGAUUAUGUAUCUAAUGAAGGAUGGAAAUAUCAUGCUGAGCAGGUAAGUCAUCAUCCAGCUAUAACAGCUGCACAUGCUGAAGGAUUAAAUUGGGAAUGGUGGCAAACAUUAAUAUCAACACCAAAAACAUCAUGGUCAGGUGUUAUUGAAGCAACACCAGAAUUACCUGUACGUGUACGAUUAGGUAAAGAGGAUUAUUGCUGGAAUAGAGUAAAAGUAAUCAUUGAAAAUGCCUCAGCAACAGCUGAAUAUCGUAAAUUAAAAAUGGAUGGAAUAAUGAAUAUGAGAUGUAGUAAUGGUUAUACUAGUACAAUAAUUUUUCGUAAAGAUCGACAAACUGAAAUUUAUGGUACUAUUAUGGAUAAUCAUGGUGUUACAGUUGUUAAACUUUUUGGUUACUAUGAUCGAUUUUUGCAAAAGGUAAAUCAAAAGGAUUACUUAUUCGAAGCAAUUCCAUUACCCAAAAAUGCAAAUCAGUUCUAUGGAUUUUCACAAUUUGCAUGCGGAUUGAAUGAAUUUUUAAGCAAUGAUGAGAAAUUAAGUGCUCCACCAACCGAUAGUCGAUUUAGACCGGAUUUGAAAGCUCUCGAGAAUGCUGAUACUUCUCGAGCUAUUGAAGCUAAAGCUAAUCUUGAAAAGUUGCAACGAGCACGUAAUGAAACGAUACAUAAGCGUAUGUGGUUUGAACAACGACAAGAUUUGAUGACAAAUACAACUUUAUGGAUUUGUAAUGGUCGAUAUUGGCAAGCAAAGGAAAAAAAAUUUAAGGGUUAUUCGGAUAUGCUUCAAUUAUUCUGGUAUAUUGCAUAUUUAUCAAAUUUGUUUUAUACUCUAUUUUCAAUCUCAAUUUAA